UUCAUUCAGAAAAUGUUGUGUUGACCAUGAUGUGAUGACUGAAGAAUUUCUUAAUUAUUUGUUCAGUAUUAGAAACAUGUACCUAAUAGUGUUAGCUGUAAAUUACAUAAUUUAUGAAUAAAUACAAAUAUUCAUAGCUUUUUAGGUUAUACUGUAGUCAAGAAUACCUAGAUAUGUUUUCAGUAAGUUGCCUAAGGUUAAGGCAAAUAGUACCGGUUGUGUCGCAGACUGUACGAAAGAAAUCAUUGUACAAUCGCAGUUUACAGUAUUUCUUUACUAAAAAUUUGUUAAUUACAAACAGUGUCAGCUCUGGUAUAUUUAUGUUAUUUGGAGAUCUCAUACAGCAAGAAAUUGAGUAUCGAAGGGGUUUGCUAGAUCGCAGAUAUGAUUGGGCUAGAUCAGCAAGGAUGUGUAUUGUUGGAACUGCACUUGGUCCUAUGCACCACUAUUAUUAUCUAUAUUUAGACAAGUUCAUACCCAAGGCAACAUUUCUCACAGCGAUGCAAAAAAUAUUCUUUGACCAAUUAUUUGCAUCACCUGGCACUAUCAUACUGUUUUUCCUGGGUAUCGGAUAUUUGGAAGGAAAGAAUACAUAUAAAGUUGUUAGUGAGUUACGAGAGAAGUUUGUUUAUGUUUACUUGGGAGAUUGUAUAUUUUGGCCUCCUGUGCAGUUCAUUAACUUUUACUUUCUGCCAUCAAGAUACAGGGUAUUUUAUAUAAAUUUUGCUACAAUGAUAUUUAAUGUAUUUUUAUCAUACAUGAAACAUGAUUUUAAAGAAAAGUGAACAUGGAAAUUGUAAAUAUGUGACUUAUUUAUUAGCUUAGCAAAUAGAUAACUUAUUAUAAC